UUAGGAAGAACACACCCAGUGACAUCAGUGAGGUCUGAAGAAGAAAAAAAAGUGCUCAAAUCAAGCUGUGUGCACAGAAAGGAAACAAGAGGGCCGAAAGGUCCUUCCCAUCUAAGUGCUGUGAGCCAAAAGUGUUCCUUUACGCUGCGUAAAAGUAGCAUCGAUCCCCCCGCGGAGUGCGGAGUUUAACGCGUCUCAGGAGAGGAUGUCCACAUCAGACGAGGCGGACGGGCUGCGGCCCAGAUAUGGCUCUGUAUUGGAUGGCGUGGAGCGUCUCACUGCAGAGGAGAUGGACGAGAGGCGGCAGCAGAACAUGGCCUACGAGUACCUCUGCCACCUGGAAGAGGCCAAGAGGUGGAUGGAGGCGUGUCUUGACGAGGAGUUGCCGCCCACCACGGAGCUGGAGGAGGGGCUUCGCAACGGCGUCUACCUGGCCAAGCUGGGCAACUUCUUCGCCCCGCACACGGUGUCGCUGAAGAAGAUCUACGACCGUGAGCAGACGCGAUACAAGGCAACCGGGCUCCAUUUCAGGCACACAGACAAUGUUAUCCAGUGGCUGAACGCCAUGACGGAGAAAGGGCUACCAAAGAUCUUCUACCCUGAGACCACGGACAUCUACGACCGGAAGAACAUGCCCCGGUGCAUCUACUGUAUACACGCUCUAAGCCUCUACCUGUUUAAGCUGGGCCUGGCCCCUCAGAUCCAGGACCUGUAUGGAAAAGUGGAUUUCACAGAGGAAGAGAUCAACAACAUGAAGAGUGAGCUGGAGAAGUAUGGAAUCCAGAUGCCCGCCUUCAGCAAGAUUGGCGGCAUCCUGGCCAAUGAGCUGUCAGUGGAUGAGGCUGCAUUGCACGCAGCUGUGAUCGCCAUCAACGACGCCAUCGACCAGGGCGUGCCCCAGGGCACCAUGGCCGCGAUGCAGAACCCCAACGCCAUGCUGGUCAACCUGGACGCCGACACCGCCCAGAACUACCACGACAUGCUCUACCAGGCCAAGGGGCAGAAGGUGGCCAACUCACGCAAACGGCUGGUGGAGAACGCGGACGCAGAGAGAGACGUGUACGAGGAGCUCCUCACGCAGGCCGAGAUCCAGGGGAACGUCAACAAGAUCAACUUGAGCAACGCCCUCAGCGCGGCGGAGCAGGCCCUGCUGACGGGAGACGAGGACCGGCUGUUUGACGCCCUGAAGGCGAUGGGCGUGCAGAACCUGCAGGCCCACAACAAAGGCUGGUACCUCAAGCAGCUCCUGGCCGACCGGGAGAACAAAGAGCAGACCUCUCCUGGUGAAGCCCUGAGCAAGGAGGAGCUGCAGAACGGCGUGGACGCAUCCAAUGAGUUUGCGGCGAGCUACGUGAAAAUGUUGCACGCGAUCGAGCGCAUCAACGACGCCAUCCGGGCGGGCGUGCCGGAGAAGACGGUGGAGGAGCUGAUGAACCCGGACGCCCAGCUGCCCCAGGUGUACCCGGGCGCCGCCGACCUGUACCAGAGGGAGCUGCUCAGCCUGCAGCAGCAGAGCCCGGAGGGCAUCCUGUCCCACCCCGAGGUGCUCGUUGCCGUGGAGAUGCUGUCGUCGGUGGUCCUGAUGAACGAGGCCAUGGACGCCGGCGACCGGGCGGCCCUCUGGAAGCAGCUCGCCAGCCCCGUCACCGGACUGGGCAACGUGGAGGACGAGUACGCCCAGAGGUACAUGGACGAGCUGAUGCGUCUGCGGGCAGCGGCCGUGGAGGAGGGCGUCGACUACCUGACGUGGAACGACAUCCAGGCCUCCAUCGACCAGGUCAACCAGAGUGUCCAGGAGGAGCACGAACGCGUGGUGGCCAUCGGUCAGAUCAACGAGUCGCUGGACGGGGGGGACGCGGCCUCCACCCUGGCGGCCCUCCUGCAUCCCUCGGCCAAGCUGUCGGAGGUGGACCCCUCGGUGGCCCAGCACUACUACGACAAGCUGCUGGAGGCCCGCAGGGAGAAGGCCCAUGAGACUCAGGAUCCGUCUGCUGUCCUGUGGCUGGAUGAGAUUCAGGACGCUAUCCUUAAUGCUAACAAGGACUCCCAGGAGGCACUGCAAUUCUCCAAGGCCAUCCAGGCCAUCAACGAGGCGGUGGACAGCGGCGAGGCGUCCCAGACGCUGGCCGCGCUGCGGGGGCCUGGCACGGGACUGUACGGCGUCACGGCCGAGUGCGCCCCCACCUACCAGGACGACCUGUCCGCCAUCAAGGAGGGGAAGAAGAAAGAGGGGGACAACGGCAGUGAGUGGAUGAAGCACUGGGUGAAGGGAGGACACAACUACUACUACAACACCCAGGCGGGAGAGGGCACCUGGCUCGAGCCCGAGGAAUUCCUGCAGAACAACACUCAGCUCAACAAGGACGAAAUUCAAUCGGUGGUUUCCGGGGUUACCACAGCCUACAACAGAAAGCAGCUGUGGUUGGCCAAUGAGAGUCUUAUUACCAAGCUGCAAGCUCGUUGCCGUGGGUACCUGGUGAGGAAGGCGCACAGGGACCGCCUGGACUUCCUGAAGAGCCAGGAUUCCUCUGUCACGUGUAUACAGGCCCACUGGAAGGGCUUCAAGCAGAGGAAGAACUUUAAAGACCGCAAGCAGCAUCUCAAAGACCACAGCGACGAGGCUGUCAAGAUCCAGGCAAUGGUCCGCAUGCACCAAGCUCGCAAGAAGUACAGGGACCGACUGAAGUACUUCAAGGACCAUAUCAAUGAGGUGGUGAAGAUCCAGGCCUUCAUUAGAGCAAACAAGGCCAGGGACGACUACAAAACGCUCAUCAGCGCCGACGACCCCCCCAUGGGCGUGGUUCGGAAGUUCGUCCACCUGCUGGACCACAGCGACCAGGACUUCCAGGAGGAGCUGGACCUGAUGGGGCUGCGCGAGGAGGUGGUCACCAACAUCCGCUCCAACCAGCAGCUGGAGAACGACCUCAACCUGAUGGACAUCAAGAUCGGCCUGCUGGUGAAGAACAAGAUCACGCUGCAGGAGGUGGUGUCCCACAGCAAGAAGCUGAGCAAGAAGAACAAGGGGCAGCUGUCCAACCUCAUGAUGAUGAACAAGCAGAGGGGCGGCCUCAAGGCGCUCAGCAAGGAGAAGAGGCUGAAGUUGGAGGCGUACCAGCACCUCUUCUACCUGCUCCAGACCAACCCAACGUACCUGGCCAAGCUGAUCUUCCAGAUGCCCCAGAACAAGUCCACCAAGUUCAUGGACUCCGUGAUCUUCACGCUGUACAACUACGCCUCCAACCAGCGGGAGGAGUACCUGCUGCUCAAGCUCUUCAAGACGGCUUUGCAGGAGGAGAUCAAAUCCAAAGUGGACCAGAUCCAGGAGAUCGUGACGGGGAACCCCACGGUGAUCAAGAUGGUGGUCAGCUUCAACCGUGGCGCGCGGGGCCAGAACGCCCUGCGGCAGAUCCUGGCCCCGGCCGUCAAGGACAUCAUGGACGACAAGGCGCUGAACAUCAAGACCGACCCGGUCGACAUCUACAAGAGCUGGGUGAACCAGAUGGAGACGCAGACCGGAGAGGCCAGCAAGCUGCCGUACGAGGUGACCCCGGAGCAGGCCAUGGCCCACGAGGAGGUGAGGACCAGGCUGGAGGCGUCCAUCAAGAACAUGAAGGCGGUCACGGACAAGUUCCUGCAGGCCAUCGUUGUCUCGGUGGAUAAGAUCCCGUACGGGAUGAGGUUCAUCUCCAAGGUGCUGAAGGACACGCUGCAUGAGAAGUUCCCAGACGCCACCGAAGACGAGCUGGUCAAGAUUGUGGGCAAUCUGUUGUACUACCGCUACAUGAACCCCGCCAUCGUGGCCCCCGACGCCUUUGACAUCAUCGAGCUGUCGGCCGGGGGUCAGCUGACCACGGACCAGCGCAGGAACCUGGGCUCCAUCGCCAAGCUGCUGCAGCACGCCGCCUCCAACAAGAUGUUCCAGGGGGACAACGCCCAUCUGAACCCCAUCAACGAGUACCUCACCAACUCCUACCAGAAGUUCAGACGUUUCAUCUUGGCCGCCUGUGACGUCCCUUCGCUGGAAGACAAGUUCAACGUGGAUCAAUACUCAGACCUGGUCAACCUCCAAAAACCAGUCAUCUAUAUCUCCAUCGGAGAGGUCAUCAACACACACACACUGCUCCUGGACCACCAGGACGCCAUCGCUCCAGAGCACAACGACCCCAUCCACGAGCUGCUGGAGGACCUGGGAGAGGUGCCCACGGUGGAGUCUCUGAUCGGUGAGAACCCGCUUCCCCCAGACGACCCCAACAAGGAGGUAAUGGGGAAGACCGAGGUGUCGCUCACUCUGGCCAACAAGUUUGACGUCCCCGGAGAGGCCAACGCCGAGGUGGACGCCAAGACCCUCCUGCUCAACACCAAGAGGCUGAUCGUGGAUGUGAUCCGGUUCCAACCAGGAGAAACUCUCACUGAGAUACUGGAGUCUUCAUGUGGCCCUGAGCAGGAGCUGGAGUACCAGCGUGCCAUGCAGAGGCGGGCCAUCCGCGACGCCAAGACCCCGGAGAAGAUGAAGCAGGCCAAGUCGGUGGUGGACGACAGCCUCACGCUCCAGGGCAAGAAGGACAAGAUCAGGAGCAACCUGGAGAGGCUGGCGGUGCUAGGCCGUGUUCAGCCGGAGAACCGCUACCAGGACCUCAUCAACGACAUAGCCAAGGACAUCAGGAAUCAACGGCGGUAUCGCCAACGCAGGAAAGCUGAGCUGGUGAAACUGCAGCAGACCAACACCGCCCUCAACUCAAAGACCAACUUCUUUAACGUGCAGAUCGACUACUACAACCAGUACAUCAGGACAUGCAUGGACAACCUGGCCACCAAGGGAAAGAAAUCGGGCGAAAACAAGGGAAAGAAGAGCAAACAGACGUCCAUGAAAUACAACGCCCAGCGUCUCCACGAGAAGGGCGUGCUGAUCGAGAUCGACGAUCUGCAGACAAACCAGCUGAAGAACGUUAUCUUUGAGAUCUCUCCGUCAGAGACAGUCGGAGUGUUUGAUGUGAAGGCAAAGUUACUGGGUGUGCACUUGGAAACGGUACCAUUACAAUAUCAGGAUCUCCUGCAGCUGCAGUAUGAAGGCGUGGCCGUGAUGAAGCUCUUUGACCGGGCCACCAUCAACGUCAACCUGCUUAUAUUCCUGCUCAACAAGAAGUUCUAUGGGAAAUAAAGGAAGUUGAGAGACCAUCUAGAGACUUACAACACAUUCCCUAAAGUGGAUUGCUAAAAAAAUUGCAAUACUUUCCAUUUAUGAUUCCCUCUGCACUUCUUGCAUCUGCAUAUGCAAAUGUAUGUGUAUUAUUUUGAUUAGGUGCAUCACCAUAUAUCAUUUAUGAUUUUGUUGCUGAAAUUUGGAUUCAAGAACAUUUUUGCGUUGUUGUGCUAAGCAUUGCAAAUAUUUUGUGCAUGAGCUUUGAUUGCUUGCAGAAUGAUGAUUUUAUGUGGGGAAAGAAAACAAGAAAAUAUUUUUAUUUCACUUUUUCAGCCGGAAGUUUAAGACCUUAUAUCUCCCACCCUCCCCAGUAACAGAGUGCUGUCGUACUUCACAGCAGGGCUGUAGUACAUGUUUCAUUAUUGCUCCAACUCGUCCUACAUUUGGACUCAAGAUAGCUCCAGCUUGUCUGCCAUAGAUUGUUUUUAGAGCUUUUUUUUUUUUCUAACAGAAAAAGGCAUUCAAAGGGUUAGUUUGGAAUAGUUGUGCCAAUAAUUUGAGGCACUCUUAAAAUUCUGCAUUUUGUAUUUAAUUCCGAAAACACUAGUGUGUUUAUAUUCAUAAAUAUUUAUUUCAAAUAACCUGCCUACUGUUUCAGUAUGGAUUUUUUCAGUUUGAAUUUGCAUCUGAUAUCACUGCCCAUGGCCAUUUGACCUAUAUAUUGGUUGAUCUUUGACUCAACAAACAUCUCUACCAGCAUUUUGAGACAAAAAUAUGCCACUUCUGUCUCACACCGCCAAAGCUUUCCUUCAUCUUUAAUCUGGCGAAAAGUGAAAUAAUGUGUCUUGUCCCUUCCAAAAUAGACUGGAUUUGGUUCUGUUUUAUGGUCUUUCCCCAUUAAGUCUGAUACACCUUUGUUGAGGACUUCUACUCUGUACUACAUUGGAUUGGCUAUCAUUGUCACUGACCUUGAAAAUUAACUUUGCUCGCGCACAUUUGUUUUUAUAAUGUAAUUCGUCUAGCAGAUUCAGCAAACCAGCCAUUAUUUAUAUUUUGUAUGUUGUCAGUCUACAAUAAUAUGUAGUAAAUGUUAAUAACUACAGGGACAGAACAUGUGUGGGAGUCUCUUAGCCUUCAAACAUGUGCAGUAUUAUGGUUCAUUAUGCUGGUUGGUCCCGUAGAUGCAAACUUAUACUAUUCUAUUUGUACUAGAGUUUGGACUUACUUCAAAGGCCUUUUUAAAGAGCUUAUUUGUCGAUUUAAUAAAAUAUAUAUUUUCUUGUAGACCUCAAAUAUGGUAAAUACUUUCUAAGUGCUUUGUUUCCCCUGAUUUACAGUCCAUUACUUGUAUUUUAUCUGUUUUAGAAUAAAGCUGCCAGAUGCCAAA